AUGUUUCCUGAGACCUUUCCCAUUGCUUCCAAUCUGUCAAUUUCUUGCUUCGUCUCUGAGAAUGCCCGAAAUGCUGCCCAAAAUUCGUGGUGGCUUGACGAGGGUACUAUCAUUCUGAAAACAUUCAACUCCAAAAGAAUUCGCCAGGUGAUCCGUUACCGACCAUUUCACGACGACGGCUAUCCUCGCAUGUGCUUGUUAGAUCGGGCCAAGGCCUUUCUUACUGCCUUAGUGGAAUUCGGGGGGCAUGAGUCACCUGAGAGCCUUUCUCCCGAACAGAUGGUCGGCAAGAUCUUCUUACAUUCCACCACUCCUUUCCGACCCGUACAAUGUGACUGGUCUCCUACACCAGCUUGCUCACAAGAUGCACAACCAAUUGCCGAAGCAAUUGAGGUUCAAAGCCAUUAUCACUUCAAAAUAAUCCCGUUCGCGGAGAUUGUGCGCGUGUACCUUGGGUACAACACAGACGCUACUGACUGGAUUUUAAAACAACAUAGUGUAUUGUGUGAAACGAUCACUCAGCAUCUUCGACACCAUCCCGAGCAGAUUUCCCUCUACACAGAGGUGGAGAAGGUGCAGUUCAAUUUCCAUUCGGCUAUCUUCUGGAUCCCUCUAAUUGAGAUUCUUUCAAGAUCCUACAAACCAAAAGCCCGUUUGCCCACCGAGCUGUAG